AUGGCGUCGAAGAAGACAGCUGGUGGAGAUGAUGGCAACUCAAAUCAGCUCGAGAAAGUAAAGACACCUCUCUUCGGUGACCAACCUCCUAACUUUAGUACCCAAACCAGCUCCACCGCAGAUGACGAUGAUGAUGGAGACGAGAGCUCACCAUUGGCUACACGGGAAGCGAGAAGAAGAUGGUCAAUCGCAGAAGAUGGGGCGCUGGUGACCGCGUGGUUAAACACUAGCAAAGAUGGCGUGACUGCAAAUGAACAGAAAGCUCAAGCGUUUUGGAAACGGGUUUGCAUCUACUAUCAUGGGUGUACUGCGGUGAAGGACUUCCCUCCUCGCCUGUGGAAUACUUGCAAGCAGAGAUGGACGAAAAUAAACAAAGAAGUGCAGUGGUUUUGCGGAUGCUUUGACAUGGCGAGCCGUCAAGCUACAAGCGGCCAAUCCGAUGAUGAUAUCUUCCAGAUGGCUUACAAGUUCUAUUACCAGGAUCAUAAGACCAACUUCGUCUUAGACCAUGCGUGGAGAGCUCUUAGAAACGAUCAGAAGGAGGAACCAGAAGAAGAGAGACCGAUGGGUGUGAAGGCAGCAAAGGCUGCAAAGUUGAGAGGAUCCAAGACCGUGAAGAGAACCAGCGAAAGACAGGAGGCUGCUUUGAAGAACCUCCAAGCCGUGGCUGCUCUAAGUGAGAAGGAGUUCACUAACAAAGAGAUAUUAGCGGAUAAACAAGUCCUAUCUAACCUCUUAGGAAAAACCGAACCACUUAACGAUAUAGAGAAAGGUCAAGGAUAA